AUGGCAUCGCCGCUGAAACCCAGACCUUCAUCCAUCGCCGGCAGCGACACAACUGCUUCCUCAAUGACCUACCUCGUCUGGACCGGUUGUCGGGAUCCAGCCGUGCAGGAGCAGGAGCGAUUGAAAACCAGCCCGAGACCGACGUCCCGUUCCCACACGAUAUCCUCCGCAAACUACCUACCUCAACGACGUCAUCACCAAGACGCUACGGUUAUAUACCGCGGCGCCGGCUUCGCUGCCGCGGGUGGUGCCGCCCGGCGGUGCGGAGUUGGUGGGUCGUUGGAUACGUGGUGGGACGACGGUGUCGGCGCAGGCGUGGACGAUGCAUGGGGAUCCGGAGGCUUUCGAGAGGCCUGA